ACGGUAUCCGGAAAAGGUUCAAAACAGGAUUUUGAGAGAAAGCCCAUCGAAAGUCUUCUUAAUGACGGGAGAUGGAUUUGGAAGGAACUUUUGAAGGAGAUUGGUUAGUGAAAAUGGGAUCUAAUUCAGCUGGUGGACUAGUAUAUAACAGUUACAUGUCGCCGGUUGGGUGCAUUGACCGAUUUUAUUUUUUUUUUUGAUGUUUUCUUAAUUCUCGAUUACAAGUUUGAAUACAAUAGAAUAGAAGAUGUUUCAUAAACUGAGUAAUUUAACGUUCAAGUGGGAAAACAUUUGUGUAAGUGUUCCUGGCAAAGACAAUUCAAAUGGGGAUAUCAGUAUUUUGACCAAGAACCAAGGAUCAGUUCGCUCGCGACAAAUGAUGGCUAUUAUGGGGCCUUCAGGAAGUGGGAAAACAACAUUAUUGAAUGUGUUAGCUCAAAGAGGCGUGCCACCAAAGGGGAAACAACAAGGGGUGGUAACAGCUGGUGAUAUGGUGGUUACUCUGAAAAACAUCAGGCAGUUUUCAAGUUAUGUGGAACAAGAGGAUUCGUUGAUUGGGUCAUUGACGGUUAAGGAGACAAUUGAUUUUGCAGCCAAGUUGUCAGAGAGCAGCAAUGGGGCAUUGGGAAAUUUUGAAGACCGAAAUGGAAGGGUGAAUGAGUUGUUGGAGUAUUUGGGGUUGAUGAAUCAAAAGAGUACGAAAGUUGGGACGCCACUUCAAAAGGGAAUUUCUGGUGGACAAAAGCGUCGAGUGUCAGUUGCUUCUCAAGUGAUUACGGAACCUAGUGUUUUGUUUUUAGAUGAGCCAACAUCAGGGUUGGAUUCGACAGCGUCAUAUGAGGUUAUUAGUACAAUUAAAACGUUAGCCAAGGCGAUGAAUAUUGUUGUCAUUGUUUCUAUUCAUCAACCGUCGACAUCGACGUUUAAUUUGUUUGAUAAAGUGAUGUUUUUGUCAAAGGGAUUGACAGUUUAUAGUGGAGAAGUUGGGAAGGUUGUUUCGUAUUUCAAAUCAGUUGCCGGAUAUGAAAUUCCGGAGUUUUAUAAUCCAGCCGAGUAUAUCUUGGAGUUGAUAAAUACAGACUUCCAUAAGAAAAGUGGUAGUGGUUCUGAGCAGGAUGAAGAUGGAAAAAAAGAUAUUGUGAACAAGUUGAGGAAUAUUUGGGAAGAUUAUGGGCACAAGACAAUUGAGCAGAUGGUUGAGUUUGAAGAAUGUGGAAGCGAUGGAGAGUGUCCUGAAGCACUAUUUCAAGAACCGUGCAAGUCAGUGAGAAGCUGUGUUUUGAUCAAUGUAAAGCAAACGUAUUAUUUGAUGCAGAGAUUGUUUAUCAAGUCGAGAAGAGAUGUUUUAGCAUAUUAUGUUCGAAUUGUGAUGUACUUGGGGUUGGCGAUUUUGAUGGGGACAGUUUGGCUUCGGUUGGGGAGCGAGCAGGAAAAUAUCCAGCCAUUUAUCAAUGCGAUAUUCUUUUCGGGAGCAUUCAUGUCAUUCAUGUCAGUUGCCUAUAUUCCAGCGUUUUUAGAAGAUUAUGGAGCGUAUAAAAAGGAGCAUAUGAAUGGUCUUUAUGGGGCAUUCGCAUUUGUGGUGUCUAAUUUUAUGGUGGGCUUGCCUUUUUUGUUUAUCAUCUCGUUGCUAUUUGGAGUUAUCACGUAUUUCAUGUGCAAUUUCCGACAAUCGUCGACAGGAUUCGGUGAGUAUGUGAUGUGGUUGUUUCUUGAUUUGGUUGCAGCAGAGAGUAUGACGGUUUUCGUGUCAACGAUGUUCCCGGUUUUUGUUGUUGCAUUGGCCCUCACAGCAUUUAUGAAUGGGUUGUGGAUGGCGGUGGGCGGAUUCUUGGUGAGUGCGAGCAUUUUGAACGACUUCUGGUACUAUAGCUUCUACUGGGUGAACUACCAGAGAUAUGUAUUCCAGGGGAUGAUGUUCAACGAGUUCCGGAAGGAGAGAGUAUUUGAGUGCGAUGAUGGAUGCCAUUGCAUGUACUCGUCUGGAUUGCAGGAGCAGUGUCAAAUCGAGGGAACUGCAGUGUUGAGAUCGCUAGGAUACGGGGACAACGAUAAGGGUCUCUGGGUCGGAAUCUUGGUGGCGUUGAUCUUCGCCUACAGGCUCGGAACGUACCUCGCCUUGAAGUACGGAAGGUAGAGCCAACAUCCGCCAACAUCCUUCAACACCCAGCAUCCAGCAACGCACUCCGGCGCUGUGGGCGCAGCGGCGGGCGCAGGACUGCGGCUGAAGGUUCGGGCUUGUAUUGUUCACCAGCUCCACUCUCUUCAGUGCUAGAACUGCUAUCUCUCCAUUGCUCUCAUCGUCGUCUCAGGCUCUUUCAUCUGGCUCCAGGCUUUCU